GAACAACAAAAGAAAACGUUAAACGUCAGCCUACCGCUUACUCGCCACCAACCACAUAGAUCCCAGUCGCACAAAUUUCGUCAUUUACUAGUACGCGCCUCAGGCUCGGGUGGCGAGGUACGUAGCUUCCGAUGUCGGCGGAUGAAUUUUUUUAUAAUAAUAUUGUUUUGGGAGGAAAAUGCCGGCGAAUCGAUAUUGCUGUCUGAGUAUUUAGAGCUCACGGAGUCCUGAAGCCUUUCGCCAUGACGAGAUUUAUGGUCCGUGAAAAUGUCAGGAGGACUGCAUUAUUCCUUCUUCGAAAUCGAAAUUCUAGCUGCUUAGAAGUAAAUAAUAAUAGGUUAUAUGAUAGAGCUGGUGCCGUUAACUCCCUGUGCAGAUUCUUAUUAUACUCUAAACCAUUUGUAAGAGACUGUUCUCAGUUUACAUUAAACAAUGCAACGAGUAACGUGUUUAAGAGUAGUGGUUUCUGGUGUUACCAUUGCCUUUCAGCAAGUAGUACAAUUUCCCACCAUGCCCAAAUUGCAUGGAGGAGGCUUUCUCAACUAUGCUCCUAUGGCGGCCCAGCUUUACCACCAAUAGGUCAGAUUGCCGGUGCAGUAAGCUUGGCUUUGACUCGAUCGAAUCUAGUAGCACCUGGUAUUAUUGCAUUCGUAAUUGGAGAAUUGGCUUGGAUGCAACAAACAUGGGCAGAAGCAGAAUACAGUCCAACAAGGGGUUCACUUUAUCUCCAUUCACAAGACGGACAUGUAUAUUUGACCUCUUUUUUGUUUUCACUUCUGGAAUUUUUUAUCUUGUUUUUCAGAGCAAUUUAUCUAGCAGUUUUGUUUACGCCCUGCAUAGCUAUGGCACCUUUAGUUGAUUCCCUUGGCAUGAAGUACAGGAAAAUAUGGCUUCAUGUUGUGCAUCAUACACUGGAAAAAGCAGGCCCUGCAUUCAUUAAAUGGGGUCAAUGGGCUGCAACAAGGCCAGAUUUAUUUGCAAGAGAUUUGUGUAGUGAACUUGCUAAGCUUCACUCAAAGGCACCGGCUCAUAGUUUUUCAUUCUCUAAAAAGAGUAUUGAAAGCGCAUUUGGUCGCAAGCUGCCUGAAAUUUUUGAAACAUUUGAGAAGGAACCUGUAGCAUCGGGAAGUGUUGCUCAAGUUCAUCAAGCUACUCUGAAAUAUAGAUAUCCUGGUCAACAGAUCAAGCCUGUUGUUGUUGCUGUAAAAGUUCGACACCCGGGUGUUGGUGAAGCAAUUAGACGAGAUUUUACAAUCAUUAGUUGUGUGGCCAAAAUUUCAAUGUUUAUCCCUGCAUUGAAAUGGUUGAGAUUAGAUGAAAGCAUACAGCAGUUUUCGGUUUUCAUGAUGUCUCAAGUAGAUCUGUCUAGGGAAGCUGCUCAUUUAAGUCGUUUUAUCUACAAUUUUCGUAAAUGUAGGGAUGUCUCAUUCCCAAGGCCUUUGUAUCCCCUGGUGCACCCAUCUGUGUUAGUGGAAACUUUUGAACAAGGUGAAAAUGUUCUGCGUUUUGUUGAUGAACUUGAAGGACAGAAGCAGAUUAAGAGUGCCCUAGCUCACAUUGGGAGCCAUGCACUUCUAAAGAUGCUUUUGAUAGAUAAUUUUAUUCAUGCAGACAUGCAUCCUGGAAAUAUUCUUGUUCGAGUAACAAAUGGCAGAGCAUCACGGGAACUGCUCUUCAAGUCAAGGCCUCAUGUGAUUUUCCUUGAUGUAGGCAUGACUGCUGAACUCUCAAAGAGAGAUAGAACAAAUUUACUAGAAUUCUUUAAGGCCGUUGCCCUAAGAGAUGGUCGAAGUGCAGCUGAGUCCACACUAAGACUGUCCAAACAGCAGAAUUGCCCCAAUCCUAAGGCUUUUAUUGAGGAAGUGGAAAAAUCCUUCAUCACUUGGGACUCCCCUGAAGGUGAAUUUACUAGACCUUCUGAUUGCAUGAAGCAGUUGCUUGAGCAAGUUAGACGAUAUCAGGUCAACAUUGAUGGAAAUAUUUGCACAGUUAUGGUAACCACUUUGGUUCUUGAGGGGUGGCAGCAGAAACUUGAUCCAGCAUAUGAUGUGAUCCGCACCUUGAAGACAUUGCUAUUUAAAGUUGACUGGGCAGAAUCCCUCGCUUAUACCAUUGAAGGAGUCAUGGCCCCAUAAAUGGUCAUGUUGUCUACCUCUCUCUCUCUCUCUCUUCUCACACACGUGCGGGAGUGAACAAAAGUUUUGGCAUUCAUAGAUUGAUAGGAUAAUAAAGCGAUACAUAUUGCAAACAUAGUUCAUAUACAUCAAUUUGACGUAUUAUUGUUGUUCUUUGGCUUCGUUGGCCAAUAUAAUCUGGGUUAUUUUGUCCUUUCCUAAUAAAUGUAGAAAGGAAAGAUUUGGAGAGAAGCAUAAAAUAGCUUGAUAGAUCUUUCUUAGGUAAGAAUAAUUCUAUCUUAGUUUCCAGAUCCAAUAAUGAAAUUCAUCAAGAACAGCAUUAUUAAUAACAAUGAAAGAUUUACAAAUGAGCA